CCUCCUCCUCAACCCCAGGGUCAAACACUUGCUGAGGUCUUGCGACACACAAACACAGCUGGUACCGUACCAGUUCCUACGUCUGCACCAGCUACGAAUUCUAUAACUACUUCUCCAUCUAUAUCGAUCCCUUCACCUACUCCUAUAUCUUCCCCUACUCCAUCUCAUUUGUCUUCACCUGUCUCUGUUACUGUGUCUGUUACUACGGCUUAAUCCCCUCUAUAGCCUGCUUGGCAACCUCCGUCGUUAGAAGAGUUCUUUGCUGACAUCGAGCGUCGACGACUUCAGCCUGUUCUAUAUAACUGCAGUGACUUUGGCACAGUGAUGGAUUUUUUGGCAGAGACAGGGCAGGAAAACGACCCUACAGAACUAGUUGAAGCACGGGAUAUGGCUCUCGCGACAAGAGGGGUGUUUGCUUCCUGCACUCCAACAAUGGCGUGGAAUUAUCACUUUGGAGAUAUAGAAGCUUUCUACGAUGAAAGAUUUGCACAAGUCAAUGCUCAAAAUGCUCUGCUUCAGUCUCAAGAUGUACGUCGAGAGCGUCCUAAGCGUGCUGCUGCAGAGACGGCUUCAAAUGCUUGGAAAGGACUCAGCCCGCGCAAGAGACAGCGACGUUAGUAGAA